ACCCAGGCGCGGCCAAUGGAGGCGCCGACGGGCCUGCACAGGCUGCGGGGCCCGUCCCCUAUCGUGUGGGCCAUGCGCACCCGCGUCGCGCCGCCGCCGCGGCUCGCCGAGCCGAUCUCCCGCCCGGUCUACCCUCCUCUGCCCCCGCCGCAGGCUCCUUUGCCGGAGAGGAGGCGCCGCGGGCGCCCCCGCAAGGUCGCCUGCCUGCCGCCACCGCCGGGGCUCGGGCCGCCGCCGGGGUUCGCGCCCUCGCCGGCUGCGCGGCCGGCCCCGGCGGCGACCGCCAACGGGUAUGGGGAGUUGGGCGGGCUCCAGCCGCACGUGCUCACCAUUGCCGCCGGAGAGGAUAUCAUAUCAAGGGUCAUGGCGGUCUCACAGCUAAAUUCGAAGGCCAUCUGCAUUCUUUCAGCUCUUGGGUCUGUUAAGGAAGCAGUUCUAGUCCAGCCAUCUGGUGUCACUCUAACUCACAAGGGUCCUUUAGAAAUCAUCCGGCUGUCUGGAUCCAUUUUGACAUCUAAUGACCAUCGAUCUCUGCGUAUUACCCUUGCUUCCGUCAAUAGUCUUGUGAUCAGUGGCAUUAUAGCUGGACCUCUCAUAGCUGAAACUCCUGUCCAGGCAAUUCUUGGAAGCUUUCACAACAGUGCGUUCUCUCCAAACAACGCACCUAGGGCAACCAUGGCGUGUUAUCCAAACAAGCAAGGUGCCACCGGAAAUGGCAACACUCUACCCAGUGAUCGUUCCAAUCCACAAUUUGCAUCUCGUACUUUGGUGGGACAGAAUGAAUCAAGUGACAUUGAUGUCAAGCCCUUUGUCGGAUUGGUUAAUCCAAAUCCAGAAUAUGCAUCUCGUACUUCCAUGGAACAGCGUGAAUCAUAUAUGGCAAUUCUUCGAAGCUUUCACAACAGUGGAUUCUCUCCGAACAACACAUCUAGGGCAGCCAUUGCGUGUUAUCCUAAUAUGCAAGGUGCCACCGGAAAUGGUAACACUCUACCCAGUGACUUUUUCUACCCACAAUAUGCAUCUCGUACUUCCGUGGAACAGCAUGGAUCAAGUGAGGUUGAUGUCAAGCCCUUUGUUGGAUUGCUGAGUCCAAAUCCAGAAUAUGCAUCUUGUACUCGCGUAGAACGGUACGAAUCAAGCGAGGUUGAUGUCAAGCCCUUUGUCGGACUGGUUAACCCAAACCCAGAAUAUACACCUCAUACUUCCAUGUUGCAGAACGAAUCAGGCGAGAUUGAUGUCAAGCCCUUUAUUGGAGUUGUUAGUCCAAAUCCAGGACAUGCGUCUCUUACCUCAGCGGAACAGAAUGAAUCAAGUGAGAUCGAUGUUGAGCCAUCUCUUGGAGUGUCUUAACAACAUCGCGCCACUGUAUUUGAUUGAACUCGAUCAUGUGAUACAUUUACCCUCUCAAGAUGGUACAAAAGCUCAUGUGUUAGGUAGUUGUGCUUUUCGUGACCACCGUGUAACUGAGUUUAGUCAUAGUCUUUUUUUCUUUUCUUCUGUUGAUAGAGUGAACAUUGUAUGUACUCUUGGUUUUUUUUUUCUGUUGAUAACUAUGUUGGUCAGCUUCA